CACACGAGUUCUGACGUCAGCUCUGGGGAGUGUAAACGCACACGCGCCUUUAGUUGGGGAAAGAGCCCAUUCUCAACUUUCCGUAAAGGAAACGAUUUCAGAAGUUUUUUUUCUUCCGUUUUCUCUGCUUGCUUUUGGACAAUGCGCGACCCACAUAUGUCCGUGUGUUGACAGCGCUGGACACUCUGUGUGUGUGGUGUAUACUACAGUUGCGUCUUUCCCCGACUCACCUAUAGAGCGUAGGCCUAAACAGGUAGGCCAGGUAGGCUACGGGAGCGAAAUCCGGAAGAACAAGCACAUCUGAUUGUUCACCCUAUUUUUCUCUUACCCCUGCAACUAAACUUCUCCCAAUAACGUUUGCAGUUUUGAUAAUUCUUCUUCGGAGAGAGUAGAAGCGUGAAGAUGGAGCUACCAGUUCCCAAGAAAAAUAUGCUGAUUCUAGUUGAUGUUUUCUGUGUGGUUAUCGCGGCCCUUCCGUCAGCGGUCUUGACGUUAAUGUUCAGCCCGUACCAGAGGGGUAUCUACUGUGAUGACGAGAGCAUCAGAUAUCCUUACAGAAGGGACACCAUCUCCCACAGGGCAAUGGCUGCAGUCACCAUCCCCUCCUCCAUAGUCAUAAUAACUACAGGAGAAGCGUACCUGGUGUACUCCAAGCGUCUCCACUCCAACUCUAACUUUAACCAGUACAUGUCAGCUCUCUACAAGGUUGUGGGGACCUUCCUGUUUGGAGCAGCUGUGAGCCAAUCACUGACUGACCUGGCCAAGUUCACCAUUGGCAGGCCACGCCCUAACUUCCUGUCUGUGUGUAAUCCCACUGUUUGUUCUGGGUACAUGCUGCAACUCAACUGUACUGGCAACCCUCGAAACGUCACUGAGUCCAGAUUGUCGUUUUACUCCGGACACUCUGCCUUCGGGAUGUACAGCAUGCUGUUUCUAGCAUUGUAUGUGCAAGCACGUAUGCAGGGGAAGUGGACUCGUCUGGUCAGACCCACAGUGCAGUUCUUCCUCGUGGCGUUUGCAUUGUACGUUGGAUACACACGGGUUAGCGACUACAAACACCACUGGAGCGACGUACUGGUGGGACUGCUGCAGGGAACUCUCAUCGCUGUGCUCAACGUUUGCUACGUCUCUGAUUUCUUUAAGCUCCGCCCCCCUCCUCGCUGCCCACGAUCAGAGACGGCUGAAGACGAACACCUAGAGGCCAAACCUGGCGUGAACCCAGACACACAACUACACAACAACCACUACAACUAUACAACUACUACAGCCUGAACACAGACUAACAACUAUACUGCAACUACACAACAAUCAUAUGGCAACCGUGGGGAAGUGGCGGCGACAGGAAUUUGUUGGUGGGUAGGCCUGCAGAAAUUUGGGUGGGCAAUUUUUAAAAAUUAAAAUGUUUUGUUAACUAACUUCCUGCAAUGUUGCCAUGUGGCCAAGAGAUAAAUGUACCGUUUUAUAGCUGUCUAUGAAUUCUAUCUGAUGAUGUUUGCAUGUUUAGGUAAAAAGACGACAAAUAAUUAGAGCCCGACCCCAUAUUGGAUUUUUGGGUCCGAUACCGAUUUUGAGGGAUGGAAAAGUCACAGAUAACUGAUAUCUGUCGAUAUAUUGUUUUUUUAGAGGUUGAAUGAAAAACAGACCAAAUUGUGCUUCAAAUGAUCAACAGAUACUCUAAAUGAUGAUUUAUUAACUAAAUAUUAUAGUUAACAUUAUUUAAGAACAUUUUAUUUGUGGUUUACAGGAGAUCCACCAAAAAGCAAUUAUGUUCUCUAUAAAUUCGACAGUGAAUACAAAGCUUGUUUAGUUGACCUUAGGUGCAACUUAAAAAUGUCUAUGGCAGUGGAAAAGAGGUAUGAAAAAGUAUUUGUGCUAAACCACCAUAAGGGUGGUCAUGUAAACAAACACUUUAUGGUCCACCUUGCAAUGAGAGUACGUUACGACAAGCACACGCUAGCUGUUCAUUACGACAAUGUUUUCUUGAAGAAACCAUAUUUACAUAACACUGUUAUUCAAUACAAAAUGUAUUGGCUAUACAUUUCAACUACAAAUGGCAUGCGCUGAUGACUGAAAAUGUUUAUGCAUGUAAAUUCUUGCUGCACUGGUUUUUGUCACACGUUAUAAUUUCGCGAGCUAGCUAACAUUAGCUACUUAUCUCAUAAUGAAUGCAAGCACAUGGCCUGAAUGAUAGACCUGCGCCAACUGUCUUGUUUUUUGCAGAUUGCAUAUUUCAGAAAACUAACUAAAUUAGCCCACUUUAACAUAAUAGGCCCUGACAGUGUCAGUCUUCUUUUUGUAUCAAGGACGAGUGUUCACUUUGGCGCCAGUCCAGUGUUGGCACAUACGUAGCACAAAUUGCUGGCUAGAUAGCUAAGCUAACUACCUUGCUGGUUAGCUAGCCAGCUAAUGUGAACAAAGAUGAGGACAGGGCUGCUUGCUUGGUGAAGUGUACUUUUGAUUAUUUACUCAUGCUGGCUGUGGCAAGCUACUCAAGCUACAAACCACCAUGUCUACUUUCCCUCACAUUGUGGACUAGGGCUGAAUGAUGUUCAAUGAGCAGCUGGUAGAGUGCCCUCUUUAGGCAACCAUUGAAAAUGGAGCAGACAUAUUUGUUUAUUCUAUGUAUAUAAUAUGGGCACUUUAUCUAUGGAAUAAAGGCAGAUAAAAAUAUUGGCCGAUUAAUAUCGGUCGACCGAUUUUAUCGGUCGGGCUCUACAAAUAAUGUCCCAUUUGGAACACUGACAAGGAAAGAGCAGUACUUAAAAAUAUAUAUAUAUCUAGAAAGAAAAUAGGUUUUUGCUCCCAGUGGGGGCACCCAUGCCUACGCCCCUGCCGUGUGGCUGUCUGUGUGAGAGAAGUGUGUAUAUCAGUGACUGGAAUAAAUGGAACGUAUCAAACACCUCAAGCAUAUGGAAACCACAUGUUUGACUCUGUUUAUUCCGGUCCAGCAUUACAAUGACCCUGUCCUCCGAUAGCUUCUCCCACCAGCCACCACUGAUGUAUAUGAGAAGAUGUGUAUAACCACAUGCACAUGCAUUUAACUUUGUAUUUUAUUUUAAUACAAUGUACUAAAAGUAUGGAGGAUGAGACAGUUUUUUAACAGAGACAAAGAAUUAUUACGUAGUUCCCUAGAUUUCAAUUAUGCUAACAGGAAACACUGAAACAACUUUUUUAUUUUUUUAAAUGUAUGAUUCAUUUAUAUUUCCUGUGCAGCAGCAUCAACCAGGUUGUCUUCUUGGGAUUUGUAGUUUAUUUGAGUGUCCUGUAGUUCUUUUUUAACCCACCCUCUAGUUUAGUUUGUAUUUGUAAAGGAGUUUUUUGUGUGUUUGUAAUGCUUUGAUCCCUUUUACCUACACUGGAGCUACUAAUCCUCUCACACGUCUUCCAUCAAGACAGCGGUCUCCAAGCCUCGUGCUGGGGAGCUACUGGGCUGCAGGUUUUUGUUCCCGCCCACCACCAACCUACCUGAUUUAACUAGUCGUUAAGAACUUGAUUAGCUGAAUCAGGUGGGUUAGUGUGCUCAUCCUGUAGUUCUCCAGGAGGAGGGGGGGGGGGGACCAAUGGUCUGUGGAGUUCAGUGUUAGGCCUACUGGUACCUAGCAUGUCUGUAGAAGACAUGCAUGUACAGUAUAUGGAAUGUAAAACGGUGUUGCAUAGAUAAUUACUUUCUAACUAACUGUUUAUUUCUGUCGUAUCUCUAAGAAUGUAAUACCACUACUAGCCCACUGUGAUGUUUUUUUAAAUGUUAUCGACGCAACUUGUAUUAGUCACUCCAGUUUAUUAUAUAUAAAGCUGAGUAUAACCUGCCUUCUCGCAUGGCAACACAGGUCCUGUGAGAUCAUGAUGCCAUGUGCUGCCUUUGAAUUGUUGAUGUUGACAAUCGUCAGUGUGUCAAUGAUUUGAGUCACUCACUGAGAUGUUCUCUGAAAAAUACAUUACACUUCUGCAAAGGGUUAAUAUAUACACUAUAUGACCAAAGGUAUGUGGACAACUGCUCGUCCAACAUCUCAUUCCAAAAUCAUGGGCAUUAAUAUGGAGUUGGUCCCCGCUUUGCUGUUAUAACAGCCUGCCAAUCUUCUGGGAAGGCUUUCCACUAGAUGUUGGAUCAUUGCUAUGGGGACUUGCUUCCAGUCAGUCACCAGCAUUAGUCAGGUUGGGCACUGAUGUUUGGCGAUCAUGCCCGGUUUGCAGUCGGUGUUCCAAUUAAUCCCAAAGCUGUCCGAUGGGGUUGAGGUCAGGGCUCUGUGCAGGCCAGUCAAUUUCUUCCACAAUGAUCUCGACAAACCAUUUCUGUAUGGGCCUCGCUUUGUGCAUGAGGGCAUUGUCAUGCUGAAACAGGAAAGGGCCUUCCCCAAACUGUUGCCACAAUGUUGGAAGCACAGAAUUGUCUAGAAUGUCAUUGAUUUCCCUUCACUGGAAUGGAAAAAAAAACAGCCCCAGACAACUAUUCCUCCUUCACCAACCUUUAGAGUUGGUAGUAUGCAUUAGGGCAUGUAGCAUUCUCCUGGCAUCUGUCAAUCCCAGAUUCAUCCGUCGGACUGUCAGAUGGUGAAGCGUGAUUUAUCACUCCAGAGAACGCAUAUCCACUGAUCCAGAGUCCAAUUGCGAGCUUUACUACACCACUCCAGCUGACGCUUGGCAUUGCACAUGGUGAUCUCACACAGAGCCCAAACCGGCUGCGCGUGUGCACCAUCGUGCAUAAAUUUAUUUAGUCCCCCCACACCAACCGCGAUUAUGACACGCAGGUUAAAAUAUCAAAACAAACUCUGAACCAAUUACAUUAAUUUGGGGACAGGUCAAAAAGCAUUAAACAUUUAUGGCUAGUUAGCUUGCACUUGCUGGCUAAUUUGUCCUACUUAGCUAGCUUGCUGUUGCUAGCUAAUUUGUUCUGGGAUAUAAACAUUGAGUUGUUAUUUUACCUGAAAUGCACAAGGUCCUUUACUCCGCCAAUUAAUCCACACAUAAAACGGUCAACCGAAUCAUUUCUAGUCUCUUCCUUCCAGCCCUUUUCUUCUCUUGACUUUAUAUUGCGAUUGGCAACUUUCAUAAGUUAGGUGCAUACCGCCACUGACCUCGUUCGUCUUUCAGUCACCCAUGUAGGUAUAACUAAUGGGGAGAUGGCACGUGAGUACCUGCUUCUAUAAACCAAUGAGGAGAUGGGAGAGGCAGCACUUACAGCGUGAUCUGCGUCAGAAAUAGAACUGAUUUCUAUUUUAGCCCGUGGCAACGCAAAUGCUCGCUGGCGCAAUAAUUGAAUAACAUAAUUUCAACAUUUAAUUUGCAAUGUUCGCACACCAGACGCGAGCAGUGUAGUCAGCCUGUUAGGCUUGUGCGGCUGCUCAGCCAUGGAAACUCAUUUCAUGAAGCUCCAGACUAACAGUUUUUGUGCUGAUGUUGUUUCCCGAGGCAGUUUGGACCGCGGUAGUGAAUGUUGCAACCGAAGACAAGCGGUCCCGUUCUGUGAGCUUGUGGCCUACCACUUCGUAGCUGAGCCAUUGUUACUCCUAGACGUUGCCACUCACAAGAACAGCACUUACAGUUGACUGGGGCAUCUCUAGCAGAGCAGAAAUUUGACGAACUGACUUGUUGAAAUGGUGGCAUCCUAUGACGGUGCCACGUUGAAAGUCACUGAGCUUUUCACUACGGGCCAUUGUUUGUCUAUGGAGAUUGCAUGGCCGGGUGUUCAAUUUAUACACCUGUCUUCAACGAGUGUGGCUGAAAUAGCCGAAUCCACUAAUUUGAAGGGGUGUCAACCUACUUUUGGCCAUGUAGUGUAUUUUAUUGUGUUUGUAUCCACACUGUAUUCCUUCAUAAGCUUGUCUGUAACAAACUGUAGCUGCAAUCAAAUGUAUGUAUUUCUUCUUGAUGGAAAAGGGAACUUGAUUUACAGAAGUGUCUUUCCUUUAUAAUCUGACAACUCCUGCUGAGACGAAAGUGUAUGCAGAACCACAGAGUUACUGCUGUGGAGGGAUGGGUAGAGGGGGAUGAUUGGAAGAAUGGAGGGAUGGCUAAACGGAUGGAAUGAAUGCCUUCAACUUCAUGGAUUCAUCCAAGUGAUUCACUAGGACUUUCCCAAUGUUUGUUGGGGUGAUGGCACACCAGACCCAGUGAUGAAGACAUUGCACAUGUUGUCAUAGCUUUAUUUCAAUUUGUUUUAUUUUAUUUCUCUGUAUUGCUUUUUUGUAGUUUUAUGCAUAAAGACGAACUAAUAUGCC